UUCCAAAACAUUACUUCAGCCACAGAGAGUUUUCCUUCACACUCAAGGAUGAUGUAUACAUUCGUUAUCAGUCAUUUUCGGACCAGCAAGACUUUGAGAAAGAGCUUCAGAAGAAGUGUCCAUAUAAGAUUGACAUAGGGGCAGUGUAUUCUCACAGGCCUAAGGAUCAUAAGACAGUCAAAUCAACAGCAUUCCAAGCUCAAGAGAAAGAACUAGUGUUUGAUAUUGACAUGACUGACUAUGAUGAUGUCCGCAGCUGUUGUUCGGGUGCUGAUAUUUGCUCCAAGUGCUGGCCCCUUAUGGUGAUGGCUGUCAAGAUUUUGGACAGGGCUCUUAGAGAGGACUUUGGAUUUCAGAAUUUACUGUGGGUCUACUCUGGUCGUCGUGGUAUUCACUGCUGGGUGUGUGAUGAAUCAGCUCGGAUGUUGUCCCCGCAGGGAAGGUCUGCCAUUGCUGAGUAUUUGACACUUGUCAAGGGUGGAGAAAAUCAGAUUCGUAAAGUCAACCUACCAGACAAACUCCACCCUUCUAUAAGACAUGCCCUGGAGAUCAUUGACCACCACUUCCUGGACUACAUUGUUAAGAAACAAGAUUUGCUGGACUCUGAGGAGAAGUGGAAGAACAUCAUUGCUCUGGUUCCAGCAGAAAAUAUCCUUCUAGCUUAUCUGUCUGAGGACUUCAGCGGCAAGUUGGGCAAAGACACGAGGAGCAGAUGGAAAAUCUUGUUGGCGCGACUGGAAGAGGCAGCCAAGAAAGAUAUGAUCAAAGGGCACGUGGAAGCGGAGAUCAAACUGCAGCUGUGCUACCCCCGACUGGACAUCAACGUCAGCAAAGGGAUCAACCAUCUCCUUAAGAGCCCUUUCUGUAUACACCCUAAAACUGGUCGCGUGUGUGUGCCCAUGGACCCAAAGACCAUUGAUGACUUUGACCCUUUUGCCGUCCCUACAAUAAGUGGUUUGCUUGAGGAACUGAACAAGGUGGAACCUGGAGAGAAAGAUAAUGAGGGAAAGAAACUUAAAGAUUACAAGAGAACUAGUCUUGGGCCUUACGUGCAGACAUUUGAGGCAUUCCUGCGAGGUCUGGAGUCUUCUAGAAAGGGCAGAUUGAUUGAACAAAGUGAUUUGAAGAUGGAGUUCUAA